AAGCUUAUGACUGCCCUCCACAUCAAGCUAGCAUCAAUCACGUUCCCACAGACCCGUACAGGAACAAUGAGAGCCAUUAGAACACUAGCCUCUACACAUCUAGAACCUGUCCUUAAUACACUUAUCAGAUUCCCACUUCCAUAUGACCAACACAUCAUAGAGUGUUGGCGUACAUUAGCCUGUGAUGGCAGUCUUCUGCAGGCCGUCUAUGAUAGAUGUUUGGAUAUGAUGGCUCGUAAUGUACACGUUGAUGAGAAGAUAGAUCCUAAAUCCAAGAAAAUCCUCUCCAAGGUUGCCAAUUUGAGGCCGUUAACUGUCGUAUCAGCUCUGACUGAAACAUUCCAAGUGGAGGAAUCAGAAGAUGUUGUUUCUGAUAACUUUCCAAGGUUGUUCUCGUCUCUACUGAUCUACAUUGGCUCCUGUGUGGGUAAAGUCAAACCUCCAUCCCUCAAAGCUGAUCAGAUCCAACAACAAGAGAUUGUCAAUGCGAAAGAUGUGAAAGCAUUCAACAAGGCCCUGGCUGUUAUCUGCCCAAGCUUCUUGGCCACUGAAUCUAUAAAGUGUCUGCUAGCACGAGGGCCUAAUUCUGCCGAUCUGAUGGAGCUACUUAGUAAGGAGGGAGUAUGGACUAAACUGCAAGAAGAGGAAGAGUAUGAGGAUGGGGUACAGAUACUUGGGAGGGCUGUGGCAGAGUACAGAGGCAACUACAUCCCUCGGAUCAUUGGAGCUGUCUCUCCAAACCUCAACAGUCUGUUUGAUACACAAAGAAUUGUUACAACAGCUUUCUUAGCUGAGCUGAUCAAUCAGAGAUGUGCUGGCGAUAUCUCUCAAGUUGAGAUCAUCAUGAAUAAUCUCCUUGGUAGGCUUGUUGAUGGCAAUGCUGUUGUUCGUAAGCUUUGCAUCAGGGGUCUUGGUAACAUAGCAAGUCUUGGAUCUGAUCAGGUCCAGAAGUAUUCUACGACUGUGUUAUCCUCUAUGAUGGCUGGUAUGGAUGAUAAAGAUGACCCAGAGGAUAGCAUCACCUUGGAAGCCAUGUCUGGUCUAACUCGCAUCCUUAUGGAGAUCUCAGAGAGCAACGUUAGACCUAUCCUUAUCAAUGUAACUUUGCGCAUUAGACCUUGCUUUGAAAAGGACCGUGCUUCAGUAAGAGCAGCAUCCUUUACUCUGUUUGGUAACCUGAGUCGGUUUGGUGAUGGUCCAUCAAGAGAUCCAUUCCUGGAGCAGAUCCACACAAAUUUUGUUAGUCUACUGCUUCACCUUAAUGAUGAAGAUGAUGACGUUAAGAAGUCUUGCAAAUUUGCUCUAAGACAGUUUGGUCCUUUGAUGGGGUCUAGUGCAAUGAAUGAUAUGUUCCAGAAGCAUCUACUUGAGGACAGAAAACUCAACUAUGGAGAAUUCAUGUAUGACCUCUCUAAAGUCAUUAUUGUUGACUUACUUCAGAAAGUGAAUUUCUAUGUGAUGGGUAACGUUUCAUUCUUCCGUAGUGCUUGGCCAGAUAUUAGAGCUAAUGCUGCUAUGUGUGUUGGAUUCCUCCUUGGAAACCUACCUAGAGAUAAUCAUAGUCUUAUCAGCAAGGAUCAUGUCUGCGGAGCUUUGAUUCAACUUCUUAAAGAUCCAGAGCCCUCUGUAAGAGUCAAAGCAGCUGAAGCCAUGAGUCUUCUCUUUAACUUCUAGACAAAAUUGGUACUUAUGAUAUGAUCUUCUUAUGUAUUUAUCUGAGCAAUACUUUCAUGGAGUACUCUUGAUUCCCCUUCAUCAUUCAGCAAACAUAUAUAUAUCAUUUCUUUCAGUACAUGGUGAAUUAGCAAUUAAAAAACAUGGGGAUGUGACUUUGAAAGUAGGUAUUGAAAGGGAGCUUGUGAGCUUGCUGUGUCAUAUGAAUACUUCCUUAUUGCAUCUCAUUGUUGAGUUUACAACUUGGGAUUUGGGAUAAAAAUUGUACAUAGUUAUUCCUGCAGCAGCAUGAAUCAAUGUGUGAUGCUAGCUUCUGAAGCAAGUGCAGUAUACUAGUAAAACUAAUCAUUUUACAUGAGAUAUGUCAUGCAGUUAGUCAUAUGUAUGGUAGACUAAUUAUUACCGGUAGCAAAGUCACAAUUUUUUUUAUUGACUUUAAUGAAGUUGUUAUUUAUUUCCAUCAUAAUAUGAUGGGCAAAGCAUAUUUUGCUUGUAGUUUUGGUUUAUAUACAGACAGAUCUCUUGAUAUAUUACAGCUUAUAAAGCAACAGAAUGAACUAACAAACCUGUUGGUCCAUUAUUUAAUACUUGCAUGAUCAGAUGAAUGAUUAUAAAUAAAAUUUGUAUCUGUUUUAAAGUGCUGAUGUCAGAUAUGCGUGAUGAAUGGACUUUGGAUUUUAUAUUCAAUCAAGAAAGAUAGGGUUUUCAAAAUGUAUUUAAGUUUAAAAAAUAUUUAUAGUAAUUGAUAUAAAUGUUAAUAGGCUGCCGUAGGAUUACUUUUACAAAAUUGCAUUUUGUAAAUAAAUGAGUCAUUUCCAAUUAAGAAAUAAAAACAGUAGGAACCAACUGAUCAUAAACAUCAAAGUUCUGUUUCAAGUCAUUUUCCUGCAUGAAACUGAAAAGAAGGAAAUUUCUGUUAUCCUAUUAAAAAGAAACAAAUUGCUUUAAGUUUUGUGAAGUUGUAUUGAAGUUAGUGCGUAAGAAGUGCAGGUUUUUUAAAUCGUUGGGCAGAAUCUUGGGGGGGGGGGGGACUCUUUGACAUGACAUCCUAUUUUUUAAAAGGUUUCAUGACAUGUGAUAAUUUAUUUUAGAUCAGUAGAUAAUUAUAUCCACAAGUUUGAUACUGGAUGUCCAUUGAAAGGUUCUCAUGCUCUGAUUCUUUCUUAAGUCAUAAUAGAUCAAUUGCAUGAAGGAGAUUUCCUGGGGGGGGGGGGGUCACUCUCCACAUGGCCUGCUAUGCACCCGCGUCCAGAGAAAGGGUCCCGUGUCAGGCACUCGGGCGGCGUCGAUGUCUUUGGCAAAAAGGGUUGCAUUUCAGCACCAUUCGCUGGUAAAUCGCCUCUUAGGGUAGCUUUUUCUCUCUCUCCACGCCAUUUAGGGUUACUAAUUUGGUUAUGAAGAUUAUGCCAUUUGAGUAGAUCUAUGCCAUUUUUAGGGUUGCAAAUUUGAGGAGACACGGGAGCAGACCUAUAAACACCAUGAAGUGAUCACGCCGGCCAGCACAGCACUUAUGAGAGUUAUCCCCGUACAGUCCUAGCUAGUCUCUUACACCCGGCUCUAUACUAGGCAGCUAUGUGCAGCAUAGCACGCGUUACCUAUACCACAUGCCCACAGGUUGCAGAGGAUGCUUUGCUCUAUAUUGCUAAUGUAACUGUUCUGGGCCUGUAUGAAGCGACUAUGCUUGGCUUGCAAGGAUACAAGUCGGUAUUUGUCGUGCCUGCAUAUCGCAUGCACUCGACCCAUUUAUUAAUACACGUCUCUAUAAUAUAGGAGAAAUUGAUUAUGUUGGUAUUGCUGGGUUUUUGUUUUUGUCUUUUUGUUUGAUUCAUAUAUUGAUUUGUUUUUCAUUAUCAAUAAAAAAAAGAAGAUACAGGUUUAAUGUAAACUAGAUCUAUGUAUUUUUCAACACAUUAACUGGUAAGGAUUCAAUUUUUUCAAGUUUUGAUAAAAUUUGUAAAAACAAACAGUAAGUGAUGCAUCACAUCAGUCAAGGCAUUUUCACUUGCAUUCAUUAAUUUAGGCUAAAAGAUGGCCAUUCAUUGUGGCUAAGAGAGGUGUCCUGUUGGGAGUAAUCAUGUUCGCCUUAAUUUCAAUAACUUCAAAAAUUGAAUUUGUUUUUCAUUCUCCUUUAACAUCAAUUAAACAUCACUCAUCAAUUUAGAUGUUUACGCCACUUAGGGUAUCAAAUUAGGGGAUUUCCCUGUUCACGCCACUUAGGGUGGCUUUUCUCAUGGGUUACGCCAUUUAGGGUUGCAAAUUUAGUUAAUGAAGUUACGCCACCUAGGGUGCAUUUCUGAGGUUGUUUGACACGGGUGGGUAGCAGUCCAUGUGGAGAGUGAUUUCUACGCUUUUAGAGUAUGUGCGCGCCAUGCGCGACUGCGAGGUAACAAUUUACGACACAAUCGCUUAGCAAGGAUUACAUGUCCUUCGCUAAGUUCGUGAAUAACUUGAAAUCAGAAGUAGUGGUAAGCAAACAGGCAUAUAAAUUGUUCCAAAUAAUAACUUGAAUUACACAUUGUACAGCCUGAGGUAAUAAUGAUAUUGACUGGCUCUUCUUUCAGGAAACAUCAAAUAUAUCGCCCUUAGAAGAACCAUAUUGCCCUUGUCUAAAGACUCAGGACGAUAUGAUUCUGUUACAGGUGACAUAUUUGAUGUUCCCCUCAAGGCCAGCCAAUAUUAUAUAAUUGCCCAUGUGUCAUGAGGUCACCUACUUUUGCAUUACAUGGUGAUUUUUGCUUUUGCAUCACCUUUUUAACUUCAAAUGUCUCUAUCUCACUAAGUAUACACCCUAUGAUAUUAAAAGUAUGUAUUUUCUGAGAGGAAAUUUCUCAAUAAAUCCAAGUAUGCACUCAGAAAUAGCAUUAGGUGUAAGGUAUUCGUGUUAUAUUGUGUUGAAUAG